CGCACACUCUGCCGAACACUUUUACAUAGGUACUCAAGACUGGUUCCUUGGAUAAAGGAUUGGCGGCCAAGGGUUUUGGGCUAUGUUUGACACGGGAUCGUCAGACCUGUGGGUAGUGUCGUCAGACUGCACCUCUCCGGACUGUCAGGCUGUGCCGCGUUACUCCCCAUCCUCAAAAACGCUAUCAAUAAGCGACCAACCGUUCCAACUGGACUACUUGUCAGGCUCCGUCUCUGGCAGAAUAGGGACGGAAACUGUGGCCAUCAAUUCUUUCACAGUGUCAAAUCAGACAUUCGCCCUUGUAACGAAAACGGACGGCCUUGAUCUCGAAUCGACUGGGAACUCUGGUAUUCUGGGGCUCGCUUUUCCCGGCGCUUCUUCCAUACCCGCGAAAGUUGGCACGACGCUUCUCGACAGCCUCUUCUCUCGCUUCGCGGAUGACUCGGACCGCCUUUUCGCAUACACCCUAGGGCGAAACACCAGCGACGGCCUUCUUGACGUCGAUUCCUCCUUUACGAUAGGCACCAUCGACGAUGAUAUCGUGCCAGACCCGAAACGCAUUGCAUACACAGCCGUGACGCCAGCUGGCAAAGACGACUUCGAUUUCUGGAAGAUGCCGCUACAGGGCAUCACACUAGACGGCCAGCUCCUGCCGCUGACGCCCUCUCGCAUAUCCGGGGUCUCUUCGCCGAUAGCUGUUCUCGACUCAGGGACGACGCUCGUCCUUGGUCCAAAGAAAGACGUGGAUGCCUUCUGGUCCUCGAUUGGCACGGGCGGCUCUGCCCGAUAUAACCAAAGCCUGCAGUUCUGGGAGGUUUUGUGCAACCGUGCUGUCGACGUUCGUUUUAUUCUGGGCGACGAAAAAAGCGCGACGCAUUUUCCAAUUCACCCCGAAGACGUCAGCUGGGCGGACAGCGAGCAGACGACCGGCUGGUGUCUAGGCGGCAUACAAGCCAACGACCGAGUCGAUUCAGGCGACUGGCUUCUUGGAGAUGCCUUCUUGCGGAAUGUCUACGUCGUGCAUCAAUGGGCAACAUCGUCCCACCCACCCAUGAUCGGUCUGCUGAACCUGACAGACCCAGAUCUCGCGAUGCAGCAGAUGCGGCAUGACCGUGGACCGGAUUCAGCGCCACCAAUCUCAGUGCAACCCCUGCGGCAGGUCUCCGAUACAUCCCCAACAACGACGAUUGCUUGUUCCGUGGGUGCGAUCGGCGGUUUUCUUGUCGGUGCACUGGUAACAUCUCUAUACCGACUUCGAAAACGUUCUGUAGCACAAAAACCAAGUCUCUGA